AUGGAUAAUUUUAAUUCAUCAUCAUUUCUUACUAAUCAAUCAACAAAUAUUCCAAUAGUAUCACGAACAAAUAGUUCUCAAACACCAUUACCAACACCACCACCACCAUCACCAUUAAAUGGUAAUCGAACUUCAUUAACAAAUACUAUUCAAUCACGUAAUAGUAUUCCUGGGAAACAUUGUUGGGUUUGUUUUGCAACAGAUGAAGAUGAUUUUUCAGCUUGUUGGGUAUCACCAUGCCGUUGUCGUGGAACAGCUAAAUGGGUUCAUCAAGAAUGUCUUCAAAGAUGGGUUGAUGAAAAACAACAAGGAUCAACUGGAGUUAAAGUUGCAUGUCCACAGUGUAAUACAGAAUACAUUAUUGUAUAUCCAAAACAAGGUCCAUUAGUUUAUACACUUGAUUUAAUUGAACGUAUUUUAAAUCGUUUUUGUCCAUUUCUUGCCGGUGGUAUUCUUGUUGGAAGUGUCUAUUGGACAGCAGUUACAUAUGGUGCAGUUACAAUUAUGCAGAUUCUUGGACAUAAAGAAGGUUUAAGUGUAAUGGAAAAAGCUGAUCCACUUUUUCUUCUUAUUGGUUUACCAACAAUUCCAAUUGUUUUAAUUCUUGGACGAAUGAUACGAUGGGAAGAAGCUGUAUUAAAAUUUUGGCGUAAACAUUCAUCAAAAUUACCUUUAAUGAAUUAUUUAUUUCCAAAUGAACAUACAUCAUAUUUACCUCGUGUACCGACUGAACGUAAUGGAAAUUCUAAUCCAGCAUCAUUAACAAGACUUAUUUGUGGUGGUCUUGUAUUACCAACAAUUGCUACGAUAUUUGGAAAAUUUAUGUUUCAACGUGUUCAUUCAAAUUUUCAACGAACUCUUUUAGGUGGUAUUGCAUUUAUUGUUUUGAAAGGUACAGCAAAAAUUUAUUAUAAACAAAGUCAAUAUAUUCGUGAAGCACAUCGAGAAAUUCUUAAUUAUGAAUCAACAACAACAGCUAGUUCAUCACAUUAUCAACAUCAUCUUCCUCCACCACCACCACCACCACCUCCUGCACAUCCAGUAACAACAGUUGAAGUUCAUCCAAAUGAAAAUUCUAAUGAACUAUUUGUCAUUCCACCAUCAUCAUCGAUUACAAAUGGUCAAUCAUCAUUAAACUUUUAA